AUGACAGUAACCUGUUCGUCUUGUGAUAAGAAUGCUAUUCUUAAAAGACCAAAAACUGGUGAUGCAUUAUGUAAAGAAUGUUUUUAUUUUGCUUUUGAAGAAGAAGUACACCAUACUAUUAUAAAUGCUAAUUUAUUUGUAAAAGGAGAAACUGUGGCUAUUGGAGCUUCUGGUGGAAAAGAUUCUACUGUGUUAGCGUAUGUAUUAAAAGUAUUAAAUGAGAGAUAUAAGUAUGGUAUAAAAUUAAUAUUAUUAUCUAUAGAUGAAGGUAUAACAGGUUAUAGAGAUGAUUCAUUAGAGACAGUGAAGAGAAAUGAACAGCAAUAUGAAAUGCCAUUGAAGAUAGUAUCAUAUGAGGAAUUAUAUGGUUGGACUAUGGAUGCUAUAGUAAAACAGAUAGGGUUGAAGAACAAUUGUACAUUUUGUGGGGUAUUUAGACGUCAAGCGUUAGAUAGAGGAGCUAUGAUGUUAAAUGUUGAUAGAAUUGUAACAGGUCAUAAUGCUGAUGAUAUAGCAGAAACUGUGAUUAUGAACAUAUUAAGAGGUGAUAAAGCCAGAUUACGAAGGUGUACAGCUAUAACAACUGGUACAGAAGGUGCACUACCAAGAAGUAAACCAUUUAAAUAUACAUAUGAAAAAGAGAUAGUUAUGUAUGCUUAUUUUAAGAAACUUGAUUAUUUUUCAACAGAAUGUAUUUAUUCACCAAAUGCUUACAGAGGCUUUGCAAGAACAUAUAUUAAAGAUUUAGAGAAAAUCCGACCAAGGUCUAUCAUAGAUAUUAUACAUUCUGGAGAAAGCCUUUCAUUUAAAAAAGAAGUUAAAAUGCCAACACAGGGAACCUGUACUCGAUGUCAUUAUAUAUCUAGCAAUGAUAUAUGUAAAGCUUGUGUAUUAUUAGAAGGGUUGAAUAGAGGUCUCCCAAGAUUGGGUAUUGGUAAAACACAUAAAGAAAGACGCAAGGUAAAUAAAUAA